AUGGACCUCUCGCAUUCCGCCUUAACAACAGCCACGCACGCUGGAGAAUCCAACAUCCAUUCUGGUUUCGAUCCGCUCUCAGCAUCUUCCGGCAAUGUUCAGUCAUUCGGCAGGGGCACCCACGAAGGUGUUGAAAACCAACGCCCUCUUCCGGAGCUCAAUGUUGGGCUGUCAAUGACACGCGAGCUUCAGUUCCCAAGCCCUUUGAUCAAACUUGGCUCGAACGAUACUCCCAGCUUCUCCUUCGACCGAAAGCCAAAGCGUGACGCACUGAGAGCACACCGUGCUAAGCCACUGACAAACGCGGACCGACCAUACCUUACCCAUCCCAAGUAUCUGGAAUAUCGUUCACGUCCAAGGCAGGAUAUCGGGCCGGAUGGCAAACCAAUCUGGCCUGAUCGUAUUGAGGCCGCUUUCCAAAAUGCAUUGGUGCAUAUCAAGCCCAUGGGGCGAAAGAAAUGUUCACAGCGUGGUAGACCUUACGGACGCAACAUGCUCAUCGCAGAAUGGAUAUACAGAGAGACGGGCGAGGUGCGCGUGCGCAAGCAGGUGUCUAGCCACAUUCAAGUCCUCGAUCGGUUUCUCAGAGGGAUACCAGAAUGGGAUCGAUUGAUCAAACCUAGCGAUGAUGAAGAGACUAGCCCGACCGAGGGUCACAAAUUUUACCAUAACUCUAUUGAACAUAUGGUCAACGAGCACAAGGCCUUGAAGGGCCAGAUGCACCAACAGGGGGAUUUCAACUUUGACGACCCUGGUGACGGGGAUAAACCGGCUCAACCCGGCAGCUCUGAAAUCAUCAAUCUACAAGGACUAACGUUCGAAAUGUGGGUGAGCCAGCCUGAUGAUUGGGAGCAUGCCCUACACCAUUACACUCGACUUCAAGACUUCAGAUUAGACCCGCUGCCAUUGGAAGAUAUUCUCGGUUGGCAGGUGACAUUCCCGCACCUUUCGGACAUCGUUGAUGCCUGGUCGGGCGAGAAUCAAUGCGAGGUCAUCCUGCUUAACGCCAGCUUUCAGCUGAUGCAGGACUUUCCACCGCGCCACUCCAAGCUCGGGAUCGGUCUGGAGCUAGACUUUCUGGAUCAGGAUCAGCAAUGGAGGACGAUGUCGCGCAUGGAUGAUUUCAAGGAGUGGACCUGCACAACACACAUGUACCAGGAUGGCCAUGAGGUUUCGGAUUCGGCAAAGGAAGAAUGUCGUGCUGCUGGUCAGGGCAAGAUCAAACCGUUUUUCCAGUCCAGAUGGUGGGCUUCUACAUUCACGUCGCUGACGGAAGCUAAGAAACUGGCCGAAGACUCCAAAGAUCCGGCCUCUAUCGAGCUUGCACAUCAGCAUUCGAGCAAUUUCCUCCGCGGGCUGAGUAUUAUGCAGGAAAUCUGUGCCCUCGACACAAGACAACCGGGGGGAAGGGGAUCAUCUCGAAAAGCGCGCAAAAGAAUGGCACUGCUUUUAUGGAGGUUCUCUGAAGCCCCUCCCGGCAGCGGCGGCACCACUACAUGGCAGUCUGUAUGGAUGCCUCACUCUUAUGGUCUUACCAGUAACAACAGCACGUUAUCAUCUACGGGAACAGGACUUCCCUCGCUACCAGAUCUUGGGUCCUUUGACCACAGCACUCAGUUUCUGUCGCAGAACGACCACGACGUUUCGUACAACAUGUAUUUAGGGAGCAUGGAUGAAGAACUCUGUCAAGAUGGGUUCAUAUCAUUCAAGCCUGAGGACAUGUCGGACUCAGGAGGACAUCUAACAUCUUCGUUCCAACUGCCGUCAUCCAGGCAUGGGCUUCUCACAAGCUGUGACCAUCUUAGACCUCUUGCCGGAAACAUGGACACUUCUCACGGUGGCCCUUUAAUCGAGCCGGCCAACAUGUUCGAGCUUCCCCAGUUGACUACUGGGUCUGUGGAUGCCGGCGCGGACGUCUCGUACACGAACCAUGCGCCUGAGGACACGAGACCGACGUUGCCGGAGCAUCCCUUGACCAGGUUCAAUGUUCAAACACACCAAGUGUUACAGGAGCAACUUGGCAUGAGCGGGACAGCAAGCCCCAAGACUACCAGAACAUUUUGCACAGAUGAGGGCACGCUGGUCGCUACUGCAAGGCCUGACGAGGACGCAGAUGCUGCCGAUGCAGAGGCGGUGGACGAUGAGGUCGAACUUGAAGUGCUGCUCGCCAUGCUCAUGGACGAGGAGCCCGAUGCAGAGCUGGAGCUGGUGAAAUCGUCCUGGUUCGUGACGAUUGCGGUCAAACCAGUGACAUUCUGGCAGCUGGAGCCGACGGUGCACACUAGGACGAGGGACAGUUCGGUCAGUAUGACGAAGAAACAAGGAUUGUUGUUCAUGUGCGAGACAUACCUGGUACAAGAUCCCAUCAGGUCCAUGUUGGACGAUCUGCAAAAGCCCUGUUUUCCCGGUGAACUCGUCCGGAGCCUUCAGGUUGGGAAGACAGAACUGGCCCAGCCCCGUCUCAGAGACGACUGGUAG